GGGCAAGACAGCAGCUGGAUGAAUCUGUGAAUUUUCGUGCUGAAAUACUUCCUGUGACAUGUGGGGAGAUGAUGGGGCUGUUAAUUAAGAGAAAAUUGGAACGAGGAGCCACAAGGAAGUGCAUAAGAACUGAAGAUGGAAACUGGUUCACUCCCAGGGAAUUUGAAAUCAGAGGAGGCUACGAAAAAGCAAAUAACUGGAGGAACAGCCUGACCUGCGGUGGAAAAACCCUAAAACAGCUGAUGGAGCUUGGAUAUAUCCAUCUACCUCCUACUACACGUGAAAGCAAAAAAAAGGAGGAAAACUCAGGCAAAUGCAAGAUCUGCCAGGAUGGAGGAAAGCUCUUCUGCUGUGAAAAUUGUCAGAGCUUCUUUCAUGGGGACUGUCACCUCCCACCUGUGGACACAAAGAGGAACGGUUGGAAUUGUACCUUCUGCACAGUAGAAACUUCUUCACAAAGUCUGCAGUUUUAUACGGAAUCUGAGGUCCUGGUGAAGCAGAUGGAUCCUGGGAGGAAGUUGAAAUGUGAGUUCCUGCUCUUAAAGGUCUAUCAACAUUUAGAGAGCAACAUUUUCCCAAAUAUUCCACGUGGAAGUUAUGUUACAAAGGCUUCUCAAUACAUAGGGAAACUUAGGGCGUUGGACACAAUCAAGAAGAAACUAAUCAUGAAUAAGUACUCCAAAGUGCAAGAUUUUCUGGACGCCAUGAACAAAUUUUUUCAGGACCCCAGGUGUGAGAAAUUACACUUAAACCAGGAGGAAUUUAUGAAGAAAUUCAAAGAGGUCUUCGCUAUUAAGGAAACAAAUUAGAACAGUGCACUGGUGCAGUGCAUGCUGUUGGCACCCUGAAACAUCACACUGCUUUCUGGCACAUUUCUUAUCCCCCUGCUGCUAUGAGGUUGGCUGCUGAUGCCACCUCUCCCCAAUGUAUUGCUUUGGGCCAAAUGGAGCCAGAUUCACCUGAAUGUUAUAUCUCUGUGGCCUAGGGGGUGGUUCCCACCCCAAGGUUGAACCAACUAUGUUCAGUGACUCCAUGUCCCCCAGGGACUGAGGCUACAACUAUUGUCCAGCUAUGACCAUAUCCUUGCUUAGCUUUCUCCUCCAUGGUAUCCUACAUCCCUUACACUCCUCCUCCUGAGAGAAUCCUCACAAUAAAUCACAUAAUCAAGA